UUCGUGUCUCACAUAGUUUUAAUGUGACGCCCGACUCUGCUUGACCAUAGCGCCGGGGUCUCCUAGCUAGCUAGACACGAACACCGGUCGCCCUCCGGCCAUCGAGAACUGGUCCAGCACCAAGCAUUGUGUCCACCUCAUGUGCCGGCGCAACAUCUGUCGCAUUCAAACAAAACGGAUCAGCGAAGAUGCAGUCACGCAGCCGGAAGAGUCUGAUGCACGACUCAGUCCCUGGCAGUUCAUCGCCGCAUGGAAUCACGAAAAACAUUCUGGAAAUGAGCCUGAAUCAAGCGCGUGGUGAAGUCAAUAUGGAUGCAUAUCUCGUCCUAUUUUCCGAAUUGGUGUCAUACUGCCGGGAUCGCGUCGAGUCUGUGAUGGCUCUUCAGGAGAAGCUCGCCCAACUGGGCUAUCGAAUCGGCCGCAGGGCCCUGGAACUUAUCCUGGCGAGGGAGAAGGUCUCGCGACGGGAAACCCGUCUACUAAACAUGCUCAAUUUCAUUGCCUCGACGCUUUGGAACUUCUUGUACGGAAAGCAGGCGGAUUGCUUGAAAAAAGUCCGAGACUCUGAACUGGAAUAUUACAUCGAAGAAGCUGAACCGUUAGUGAACAAGUAUAUUUCGGUUCCAGCCGACUAUGGACACUUCAAUUGUGCCUCGUUUUCGGCUGGGAUUAUUAACGGCGUUUUGGACUCAGCAGGGUUUCCGGCCGAGGUUACGGCCAAGGUCCUGGCUAGAAACGGAGAUGAGGACCUUUCUCAGCAACAGGGGCAACCGCUGACGAUCUAUUACAUCAAGUUCGAGCCAGAGGUGCUCGAACGUGAAAAACGCCUCAACGGGUAAUGGCACCACAAGGAGCUACAAUUUUGGUUGGGCGUCAAGGGAACGGCAGCGACCUGGCAACAAGCAUACAUCGCCGUAGAGUGACGGCGGAAGAAGAGCAGCUAGAGGCUGGUUAUGACAAUACACACUGUUCGGAGAUAGAGAGCGAUGAGGCUAUUUCUACGUACAACGAAACCGAAAGACCAAGCGUUGAGAUGUGGCACGGAGGGAAGGUGGAGCGAAGCAAAACGUGCCUCUUUUUUUAACAUUUUGCAGAGUCGGUCGAUAAAGGGGAGGCGAAAAUGACCUUGGUUAG